GCAGAGCAAGUUAAAAGUAGAGAUUGAUUGUGCCUCCUUUCGAAACAUGAAAAACUGCUUUCGAAUUUUAUUUUAUAAUGCAUUUUUAUAAAUUACCCACACCUUUAGUAUGCACUGUAUGCUAAAAAUUCUGACUUUCGUGGAUACCAUUCAUUAUUUUAGUGACAUGGACGAAGACCUCAUAAAAUCAAGUCUCUUGGAUAUCUAAUAGAAGUAAAAAGGGUUUAAACUAUUAGUUCAGUCAUGAUUUGAGUCUAAAAUGUUCUUAGGGUAGAUGGAAGUAGAUGAUGACUGUCCAUUGAAAUCAUUAAAGACUUUAUAAGAAUUAGUGUAUAAAACAAUGACAAUGUUCAGUGAAUCUUCUUCGACGGCAAAUAAUUAUGGAACUCUGUUUCAAAAGGCUCUUUUGCGGGUUUCCACAUACCCGAAUCAUAAUGAAAUCACUGGAGCACCCCUCAGUCCUACAGCUCUUGCCUUUAACGGCUUUGUGUUCUCGGGACAAGAGAAUAUCAUUCAGUGUGAGGAGUGUGGCAGGGUAAAUGAUAUUUUUGGUAUCAGACAAGAACCCUCUGACAAAUCUUAUCACCACCCAGGAUGCAGUUUUGCCAUGAAUUCUGAUGAAUUGUUAAAUAAAAAUGUGCUAACUGUAGAUAGUUCUCUAUCGACGGGUGCAAGUAACACAGACUUUUCAGGAGGUGAUAUUGAUACUGAUGGUGGCUGCCCAGACACCAUACAAUUAGGGGUUAAUCAAGCAACCCCUGGGGUUGAAGAUAAAAGCACCGGUCACCAAGCGGAAGGGGUAAUUCAGGCUUCUGCUCAGGUUUAUAGCGAUGGGAUGACAAAUAAUGAGAGUGGUUCUCAAAAUGAAGUCUUGUUAGAACUACCUCACAAACUCAGCAGAAGCUUGUCUUCGUCUUCAAAUGGCUCUUCAGGUUAUGAUUCUACAGGAAGUCAAGAUUGGAGUUUCAAUCCUUCAAAUUUUUCGCCAGACCUGCCUGGGGAUAUUCCCCCUUUUUAUGAUGUUGACACAUGCCAACCUGAAUGUACAAAUGAAAAAAUUAAAGGCCCCGUCCAUCAAGUUGACUGUAAGAAAAACCCCGGACAUUUCGCGUAUUUUCCCACCGGUUCUCUCACCCUGGAGCAAAUACCCUCCAAUACAAGGAGCCCAGAGGUUCUCCAAUUUCUCAGAUUGGCCGCCAACCUCACAGUGCGAAUAAUCGUGUCUUUUGUAAGCAGCCUCAGACCCCCGAGUGAAAAAGAUAUUCCCCGCUACGGGAGCGGGUUCGUCUGUGGAGUUUCUCUAUCAGAGCCCGAAAACGGCAAGAAGAAACCCAUCAAGCACUUGUUUAAAAAACACUCGCCUGGAACCGUCUACAUCCAGACCAACCGCCAUCUUGUGCUGGACACAGACGAGGCUGUCAAUACAAAAGUUGAAUUUUUUUACGACAAGCCUGACUGUAAAGACGCGGUGCCUGUUAAAGUCAAAUCCAUUUUGUUUAGCAAGACCCCAGGGGACAACGUGGUGGUGUUGGCAUGUCGACCCAAGGAGAGCAGCCUGGUGCAGCAGCUGUACAAGAUGAGGCAGGAGAUGGCAGUGCUGGCUGACAGUCUGCCCAACAGGGCCAAGGAGUGUAUGACGAAGAAACUUUUUAUCAUCAGUCACCCCCACGGCGGACAGAAAGUUUUGUCCUACGGCGAUUCUGUUUUGGUCAAGUAUGAAAUAGGUACAGGUGAAAACGGACAACCCAAAAUGACGAAAAUGACGGGCAGAAAUAACGUGCCACCUAACUUGAGCAGUUGUAGGAAAGUUUACCUGUACGCGGCUGAUACAUGCGUGGGCUCCUCAGGUGGGCCAGUGAUCACAUUUAAAAAAGAAGCAACCAACGGAGGGAGUCCCAUGGCCUACAAGCUGGACAUGUGGAUGCACAAUGGCGUGGACACUGUGUACAAACUCAGUGCCUCCAACAUGAAAGCCUGCACUGAGAGAGACUUUCUCCCAGUAACUGCCCCAACAUCGGGCACUAACGGACCAGCCAGUGAUGAGAACGAGGACGACAACAGCUUGGGCAACCAAGCCGUGACCUCCCCAGUGUUUAAAGUGACCACCCACCCAUCGUAUCCCAUGUAUGUGUCAUACAACAAGCGUCUGGACAGCUACACAAACAGCUGGUCAUAUGGUCACAUACAUCAGCCAAUUCGCCUGGCGUCUGCUGGAUUCUUUUAUGCUGGCUACUCAGAUUGUGUUCGCUGCUUCCAGUGUGGGCUGGGCCUGAGGUCCUGGAAACCUGGGGAUGAUGUCUACGUGGAGCAUGAGAAAUACAGACCGACAUGUCCGUUUCUUCGGGCACAGCUCCAGGCAGGGUUCAACACACAGACUCCCCCACAUUCCCAAGUUGGAGAAAAUGAAAUCCAGAAAGUUCUGGAAAAGGAGAACAGUCUUCUCCAGGCACAGUUGACCUGCAAGGUAUGUAACAAGGCCCAGAUCAAGGACCUGUUCCUGCCAUGUGGUGACCUCUACGCCUGCACAGACUGCUCCAAACUGCUCACACAAUGUCCGUCAUGUGACAAACAGAUUCUUGGUACAGUAACCACAUUUUUCACGUAACUUUACAUCAUCCACCAACACGUAUAAUCCACAAACACGCAUAAUCCACCAACACGUAUAAUCCACAAACACGCAUAAUCCUUAAACACGCAUAACUUUCUUACCAUCAGCGUUAAAAGUCUAUUUUAAUUAAAACUUAUCUUUGACUCCAUUCAUUUCUACAUGGUAUGUGUACGUGUGAAAGAAUUCUUAACAGAACAUCUUUAUUUUGUAUAAGUUUUACUUAAAUAUUCUUUUAAUAGCAAAAUUAUACAUUUAUAUACUUGAAAUUGUAUUUUAGGUGCAACACAUUUUAAAACACAAAAAGCCCUCGAAAUGUUUAAUCGCAUACUCUAAAUCACUUGUUAGCUCUUUGCAGUAGGCUUUUUGAACACCUCCAGAAAAUGUUCUGGAUGUAAUUUAGAUUUUUUUUUGUUGGCUAAAUGCCAUUUUUAUUUGCAUUAAUGUAAAAUAAGUAAUGUAUAACUGUCAAGAUAGUGUAAAUUUGUACAUUUUAGUUUAGCCGCUUCUGUAGUCAUGACACUGCAAUACUCUACUGUAUCUACCCUCCUUAAGUCGAGUUACCAGCAGUGCUGAGUACACUCAGACGUCACGUUUAGCUGGGCGGGCAACUGAACUUGUCUUGUGGGUAUGUAGUUAAAUGGGUGGUAUGGUGAAGUGGGUAGCUCAGGCUAUAUAGUUUUAGACAACGUUUUUUUUUGUAAAUAUGUACCGUUUUUAACCUUUUUAUUUCAGUAAGUUUAUAUGAUAUAAUCUACUACUACAUGUUGGUAAAGAUAAUUAUAUCUGGUAUCGAAGCAAACUUAGAGUUAUUACUUAGAAUUAUUACAAAAUUAUGCUUCAUUGUAGAUUUUCUCUAUGGGGUAGUGGAAUUCAUACAUUAAUCUUAAACUUCUUCCUUAACUUGAAUAUAAAACUACUUAAGUUAUGAGUCACAUAACUAAAAUAUAUCAGCUUGUUUGUUUGUUUUUGUGUGAAAAAUAAAAUAAGAGUGCCUUUUAAAAGCUAAAUGUUUAUGUUGUUGCACCAUCAAAAUUCAAACUGUGUUGCUUCAAACUGUCUUUGAUACUAUUUCACACACAUUUAAUCCAACACUCUGUUAAGAAAUCAAUAUAAUAAAAUUUUAUUCGAUUUA